CUGCACAUCGUGCAGUACUAGUGCUGCAAAUCUAACUGGGCGAGACUUCGUUUGCCCAAACUGCGACGCUCAGAAUACAGCGCACAAUUUCUUUGCAGCAUUGAAUUUAAAAAAACAAAUUGAAGUUUUACUUUCAAAGAAGAAAUUAGCCGAGACGCUUGUGGAUUCUCUUAGCAAGAAAAAUCGAGGCGGGAGUUCAUCACAGAGUUCUGCCGAUGCAGCUGUAUUGACGGACAUGACGGAUGGUGCCUUAUACCAGAAGCAAAUGGAAGGCUGCCAGUGGAGUGACAUAUCCCUCACUUUCAACACUGACGGCGCCAAAGUAUUCAACUGCAACAAGACAGCCUUGUGGCCCAUCCAGUGUGUAAUAAAUGAGCUGCCUGUAGCAUUGCGUUGGAGCAACGUUUUACUUGGUGGUCUCUGGUUUGGAAAAGGACACCCGGAGAUGACUAAAUUUUUAGAAGUCUUUGUGAAGGAGGUGCUAGCGACAGGUACCAUGAAGUGGCAAUGCAAUGAACAAAAGCUGGAGUCAAGGAUUCAUGUGAUUUGCUGCUGUGUUGAUGCACCAGCACGUGCAGCAGUCCUGAACUCAAAGCAGUUCAACGGAUAUUUUGGAUGCAGCUUUUGUCUACACAAAGGCGAAAGACACAAUGGGUCCAUGAAGUAUCCAGUGCAGGGAUGUCAAGUGUCAGCUGUACGAACUACAAGUCAGGUCAAGUUGGACAUCCGGGUCGCCCUGUCAACUGGUCAACCUUCGCAUGGUGUGAAAGGAUCCACACCACUUGUACACCUUCCAAAAUUUGACUUAGUGUGGGGAGUAUGCCCUGACUACAUGCACGCAGUCCUUGAAGGUGUUGCCAAACAACUUUUGGAAAUUUGGUUAAGUAAUGUCCACUCACCAGCAUACAUUGGGGAGCCAUCGAAGUGUCAAAGAGUGACUGCACGGCUGUUGCACCUAAGGCCACCUCAAUUUUUUACACGACUACCACGUACACUAGACGACCGCAGCAUGUGGAAAGCUAGUGAAUGGAAGUGGUGGCUUUUAUUCUAUGCAGUUCCAUACCUUGACGGUAUUCUAGAAAAAAAGUACCACGAGCACAUUUGCCUCCUCGUCAAUGGCAUUUUUUUGUUACUGAAGGACGAAAUUUCAAAAAAUGACCUCAAAGAAGCCAUGGACCACCACCGCAUCAUGCCGGCCCGCCACGCUAAGCCUAACGGCGGAGCGGAGUGCGGAACGCCGGCAUCCAGCUCCCGGCCCAAGCGUCGCGCCGCGACGGCCCAAGUUCCAACGAACAACGACUCCGAACUAGCCCAGGACACCAUGGACAUGGAUGACCAAGCCAUCGAAACCCAAGUGGGAUCUGCGGCGGAUGCUGAAGAAGAGUUCCUCUCACCUGACGAGGUGGUACAGGGGGAAUCGACCAGCGACGACGACGCUGAGGAAAUCUCACCAAGGGAAGACGACGAAGCCAAGAACGACGGGACCCGUUCCAGGUCCAGCUCCCGAGACCGCUCCAACUCCAGGGACAGUGACCAAGAGAGGGUCCAAACAAAAAAACAACAGCAGCAAAAGAGCAAGAAGAAGCAUAACAAGGAAGCCAAAAACAAGGACAUUCUCCUGCUUUUAAAAGAGGAAGUGUUAACCAACGUCCCCAAGGCAGGAGAAAACAUUGUCAUGGCUGUCGACAUAAGAGGGGCCUUUGACAACGCCUUCUGGCUGUACCGGUCGUGA